GCUCUCUGUUUAGAAAACAACACAGACCACAAUGUACAAGCUGGUGGUGUUGUCCUGCGUACUGGCCCUGGCGGCCGCCAAACCCAGUGGUCUCGGCCCGCUCGGUCUCGGAUUCGGCCAUCUUGGCUUAGGCUUAGGAGCUCCUUGGGGAUUGGGCGCUCACUUGGCUGGCCCCGUGGUAGCACCCGUUGCUGCGCCUGUGUUGGCUGCACCUGUUGCUCACGCUCCCGCCGUCGGUGUCGCCGGUCCUGCAGUGGUUGCCGCGCCUCUUGGUGGUGCUGCCCACAACUACAGAGGACCCGUAUCGCUAGCACCUGGACAGCCCGCCAGCAUAUUGGCUCAAGAUGGCAGGCCUCUUGACACUCUGAGUGUGAACGCUGACCGCGCCGUGCACUACACCGCCAGGGCAGUCGACCACGCUACUGCAGCGCAUGGUCAUCUAUUAGGCAAGCGCUCAGCUCCUCUGCUCGGUGCGGCGUGGUCGCACGCGGCCCGCAUCGACGUGCCUGCCCUAGCACCUGCGCACCUUGCCAUUCCCGCAGCUGCACACCUCGGCUGGCGCGCACCAGUUGCUCCUCUGGCCCUGGGUCAUUUGGGUCAUGCCGGAGCCUGGGGACAUCAUUGCGUUAAAUAUGAAGAUGAGUCAAGCACAUAUAUAAAGCGUCAGUCACGCCACAAGUGCAUCAGUGCAUCUGAGCUCAGAUACAACACAGACCUCUCCACAUACAACAUGCUGAAGCUGGUGGUGUUGUCCUGCUUGGUGGCGGUCGCAGCAGCCGGCGCGCUCUUACCGUACGCACCCCUCGCCUACUCGGCGCCCCUCGCCUACUCGGCACCCUUCGCCUACGGGGCGCCAGUGCUGGCCCCCUAUGCUCCUAACUACCGCGGCCCUCUGUCUCUGGCGCCUGGCCAGCCCGCCAACAUCCUCGCGGCUGAUGGCAGGCCGCUCGACACCCUGGACGUGAACCUGGAUCGCUCCGCACACUACACUGCCAAGGCCCUGGACAACGCUGGCUUCCACAUCUUGAAGAAGCGUUCCGCUCCCCUGAUCGCGCCCAUCAGCCGCUUGGCGGUCGCUGCUCCCUUGGUCCACAGUUACGCCGCUCCUUUGGCUUACUCUGCGCCCGUCAUCAGCUCUCGCCUGGCCGUGGCUCCCAUCAGCUACGCCGCCGCCCCCAUUGCUCACUACUGGAAAUGAAGAACUUAGGCCACUGAUCAAUAUUAACAAUAUAAAUAAACCGACUAUAAGUUA